AUGGAAGAAACAUCUACUGAUUUCACAACACUUUUUCAACAAUUUUUGCAAAGUCAACAUCAGUUGAACCAAUAUUUUGCAGCCACCACACAACAACAGCAAGAAAGACAAGCCAGUACUAAGUAUCAAAUUUCUGAAGCUAAAAAUAAUA